CGCUUCUGGUUCCUCAGCUGAUUUUUUUUCCCCCCGGGGGUCGGCGCUUUUCCCACUCUCGUGCCUGAGCCCUCCCGAACCCAGGCUUUUUCUUCCGUUUAGUAUUUAUAGGACCUUCGCAACUAGACAGUUGUCCCUUAGGGGUUCUUUCUGACCUCUGACUCAGCUGUUCCCAAAAUUCCAAGAUGACAUCUCGGGGCUGUCCCCGCGAACCCCCAGCCCCUGAAGCCCAGGCUUCCCUCGUUCCUGCUCCACUGCUUCCAAGUACCCCCGAUGUCACGUCUCUGCAGACUCCCCUGAGCCUCCUGGUCCCUGGUCCCCUGCCGCCCCCACCUCCACCUCCACCUCCACCCCUGGCAUCAUCUGGGCCUGCUCUCCCGCUGGUCUUCGGCCUGGAAAAGAGUCAGCUCCUGAAGGAGGCUUUGGAGAAGGCUGGCCCCGUCCCCACUGGCAGAGAGGACGUGAAGAGGCUGCUGAAGCUACACAAGGAUUGUUUCAGGAGAGACUUGCGAUGGAUCCUCUUCUGUGCGGACCUGCCCUCCUGCAUCCAAGAAGGCCCCCAGUGUGGGCUGGUGGCCUUGUGGAUGGCUGGCACCCUCCUGGCGCCCCCCAGUGGUGUCCCCCUGGAGAGACUCAUGCAGGUGGCACUGGAGCGGGGCUACACUGCCCAGGGGGAGAUGUUCUCAGUGGCCGACAUGGGGAGGCUGGCCCAGGAGGUGCUGGGCUGCCACACUGAGCUGCUCUGUGGUGGCCUGGGCGGGCCCAACAGAGACCGCAUCCUGCAGCACCUCAUCUCCGGACAGCCCCUUCUCAUCCCCUACGAUGAGGACUUCAACCACGCACCGUGUCAGAGGAAGGGCCACAAGGCCCACUGGGCAGUGAGUGCAGGGGUCCUGCUAGGCAUACCAGGCAUGCCGGGUCCCGGCUACACUGAAGACCCUGAGCUGGCAGGCCUGUUCCACCCGGUGCCCGGCACACCCUGUCAGCCACCCCCCCUGCCAGAGGCCGGCUCCCUGGGAACUGUCUACCUGCUUUCUAAGCAGGGCAAGAGCUGGCACUACCAGCUGUGGGACUACCAGCAGGUCCAGGAGAGCAACCUGCAGCUGACAGACUUCUCGCCGUCCCGGGCCGAGGACGGCAGGUCCUACGUGGUGCCCCCUGGCGGGGUGCAGGCUGGCCUCUGUGGCCAGGCCCUAUUCCUUCGACAGCAUGGUGCUGGCUGCUAGCCAGCCGCCACCAGAGCCCGCUCUGCCACCCCGUGUGGACAAGUGGGCCUGGCCUCCUCUGGGGCACAGCCAGGUUCCUCUGCUCUGCAUCCCCGCACGUGGGCUCCCCACACCCCUUCUCAUCCCAAGAGCGCAGGACGGUGCCAGCCCUGCCCAGCCCCUCACCCCACUGCUGACCACGCCUGUGUCAGGUCUCCCGCUGGGCGAGCCCCACUUACAGUCAGCCCACUGUCAUCUCACCAGGCGAGUGCCGUGGAAGCUCUACGUUUUACACGUGCCUGGAGCAGCAGCUAGCGCAGGCCACACUGCUGCCUGAGGGCGGGGCCGGGGCAGGCCUCGCAUGGGCAGCUGCUGCCCAGGCCAGCACCAGCCAAUAGCUCUGCCUCUCUGAGUCCCCAUCAACACCCCCACCCCCCUCAGCUUGUGUUCACCUGCUUCCAUACAGAUGUGUCUG